CUGCAGCCAGAUAACAGCCCCUAACAGUUGGACCAAGCACCAGCUAGUCCCCCACCGCAGCCUGAUGGACACCAAAACACUCUAACGGUCUCCACCACAGCCCCGAAACACUCUUUUCAUGAGUUUGAGAUAGUCAGCGGAUCGAAGUUUGCGCUGGAAGUUCCAGUUGAUGUGUAGUACUAUGUAAAAGAAGUUGUUCAGAGAUACUGCCGAUAAAGAGGAAGGCUGUGGGAGAGAAAGGAGGGACGCAGCUUUAACAGUUCCAGCGCGCAGCGGCGGAGAACAGCACCAUGAGCGUCCCGCUUUACGCACCGACUCCAAUCCAGCCGGCUCACCCGACGCCAUUCUACAUCGAGGACAUUCUGGGGAGGACUGCCACCUCCUCCACCAUCUCCUCGCCCUGUUCCUCUUCUUCCUCCUCUUGCUCCACUCCGAUCAUUCCGACACCGACCUUCCCCUCGCCCAAUUCCUCCUUCACAAGUCUCAUCUCGCCGUACAGGACGCAGAUUUAUGAACCCACACCGAUCCACCCAGCACUGUCUCACCACGCCGCUGCUGCGUUGAGCGCGACGUACGCCUCCGCAGGGGCUUUCGCCGGCUCCAUCUACCCGUUCCACCACCACCAGCACCACCGCUCCAUGGGGGAGUACGCACAGGCGCUGCUGAGGCACGACCCUCUCGGGAAACCUCUGCUGUGGGCCCCCUUCAUACAGCGGCCCUUACAUAAAAGAAAGGGCGGCCAGGUCCGGUUCUCUAACGACCAGACGAUCGAGCUGGAGAAGAAGUUUGAGACGCAGAAAUACCUCUCGCCUCCCGAGAGGAAGCGACUGGCCAAGAUGCUGCAGCUCAGCGAGAGACAGGUUAAAACUUGGUUUCAAAAUCGACGAGCGAAGUGGCGCAGACUCAAACAGGAAAAUCCUCAGGGGGGUAAGAGGGAGGUGGAGGACGAGAGUCCCGCCGGGAGAAGUAAUAAAGGAGACGAGACGACCGAGCUUUCCGGGAUCCAGAACCCGGAGCAGAGACACACAGUCCCGGCAUCGGAUCUGGCGCAGGCGGGCCGCUGCAUGCGCCCCGUGUCCCCACAUCACGCGCACACCGAGCUGGACUCCGACGUGUCCGAUGACACAGACCAGGAGCUGGACAUAGAAGACGACGACGACUACACACUAAACCCAUAAUUGGCACACUGGAUGCACUCGGGGUGGCUGUGGCUCAGGGAGAGCGAGCACAGGGUUGGUGGUUCGAUCCUUAACCCUGCAGUCACUUACUGACUCGUCCUUGGGCCCUGGACACUGAACCCUGAAUUGCUCCCAUGCGUUUACGCACCAUGCGUCGGUGCGUAAACGUGUGUGACGACCGUUAAUCUCACACACCUUGUACGGCAGCCACAGUGUAUUUGAACGUGUGUGAUGAAUAUGGACGUGUGUGGCUGGUGACUGGUGCCUGUAGUAUGUAAAAGCGCUUGGAGUAGUCGUUAAGACUAGAAAAGCGCCAUAUCCGGUCCGUUGGCUACGUUUACGCGGACAUUCGGAGCUGGAUGAUGAAGAUCACUGACACUUGUUCUUUCAACUUCACUUCUGUCUUUUUACGCCAGAAUGCCAGUUUGAUAGACUAUUCCUGAUGUAAAAUUAAAUUCAAAAUCAGUCCCAAAAAAACUACAUUUCACCAUCUUCCAGUGCCUUCUUAUCUCUAUUGGACACUUUUCUUUUUGUAAAUAAUAAUGCAUAGCACUCUGCUGUAUUUGUGUUGAUUGUGUGUGUGUGUAUGUGUGUGUGUCGAUCACUGUAAAUAAACAGUAGAGAUGACUUUCUGCUGUGCUGUAUGUCGUCUGGGAUGAUAAAACGUUCAGGUCUUUUGGCCGUUUCCUUCAAUUAUGAUGUUCCAUUAAAUAAUCAAAUGUAGCGCAAAUUAUGUUUUGUUGUGUGAUAUCUAAUAAACUAAUUUUUGUGGUAAGAACA